AUGUUUACUUCAAAGAAAAGAUCAAGUUCUCUCACUAUUAUUGAUCCAAUGAAACUUGAAAAGUGUGACAUGCCAAAUAAACACCAACAAUUAAAUCACUCCAAGUCAUAUUUAAAUCAAAUAGUGUCGCUGAACACCUCAAAGUUACCACAACAAGAGGGUGCCACUGAAAUAUGUUUGGAUCAAUCACAGAACCAACUCCAGAAUACAUCGUGCUCUUCUUUGGAGAACAAUCACAGUCAAUCAAACCUAAAUCAUUGUUUAUUGAAUAAUAAUACCAGUAGUAUAUACAAUAGUUUAAAUAAUUAUCGAUUAUUCCCCAUUGCACAUCACCACAACAACACCAAUCUAUUAAAGAAUCAUAAAACAUUUAAAUCCCUAUUCAAAUCAUUCACCAUCUUCCAGAAAAAGAAAGAAUGUGAUCCAAAGAUUACAGAGUUUAUAAAGAUGGUCGAUACUCACAGGGAAUUCUUUAAGAAGGCUCCAGAAAUCGAUAAAUUUGUUUUAACUCUUUCCUAUUUAUAUUUAAAGAGAGCUUUUCCAGAUGAAUAUAUAACAUCAGAUGUUUUCUUUUAUGCUUUAUAUUUAGCUUGGGAAACGGAAGAAGAUUCAACAUUAGGUCUUGAGAGUAUUAUUCAUUAUGUGAUUGGAAGUUAUCCAUCAUCAAAAAACAAAGAUAAGAAUCAGAGAAAACAAGAGAUUUUAGAGUGGAGAAUGAGACUACGACAAUUCCACAACGGUAAAGACAUUCUAUGGAAAGUAUUAGACUACAAGACAGUUAUCGAUUUCCCACAAAUUCAAAAAGCUUCAAAGACUUUUCCACAUCAUGAUAUUCUAAAGAGAGAGAGAACCUAUUCUCAAUCAAUUAAAUUCUUUUAA